GAGGGGGGGACAGCAGGGGAGGGGCUGGGGGCUAGCCUCCCCAACUGGGAGCUCAAGGGCCGGGCAGGACCAUCUGUCCUGCAGGUCAGAUGUGGCCCACAGGCCAUAGUUUGCCCACCUCUGCUCUAUCCGCAAAAACACUGAGGGCGAGUGCUGGAUAUGCACUCUGAGAGUCAGAGACUGAAAUGGGGAAGGAAGUUACUGCCUGAUCCCUGCAGAGAUGUGAGACACAGUCAGGAGAGGGAGAGGGUGGGAAGGAGGGCAAGGUCUUGAAAGGGCAGCGUUUGCUCUUGUGAGCCAGAGAGCUGAUUCUGAGAACUGUGAACUCACUGCACACGUCCCAGAGAGAGAGGAAAUAUUCUACGAGUGCUGGGCGAAGUCAUUCUUGAACUCUAAAGGGCUACAAGUGAUGCCCCAAGAGGACUGAUGUGGAGAGGGGUCAUCCUCUCCCCACUGCUGAGAGGAGGCUGGGCAAAUGCCUCUCUCAUGGAUUGUUAGCGCUUUUCUACCAGCUUUAACUUGUUCCUCUUUCCCUGGGGUGUGUGUGUGGCUGGAGCAGCAAUGUGCUGAGCUGGUGCUGAAAAGCACCAUGCUGAGCUGGGUAUUCGAUUAUUGGGGGGGCGGGGGGAAUUAGCUUUUAUUUCUUGGUUUGCAAAGAAUAAAGUAGAAUUUAGUUUCUCAAACUCCCAGUGUCCCUUGUCUUGAAUAAUGCGGGGGAGGGGGAAUGGUCUUUAAGGGACUCACUCAGACGCUGUCUGCCUUUCACCCAUUGACGCAGCUGAGAAUAAGGCUGGUGUCAUUCUGGGCUGUAUUAACACGAGUGUUGCAGGUAAGUUGCGGGAGGUCAUUGUCCUGCUCUGAUCAGCACUGGGGAGGGCGCAGAUGGAGUCCUGUGUCCAGUCCUAGGCACCACAUUUUAGGAAAGAUGAGGACAAAUGGGAUUGAGUCCCAAGGAGAGCAACAAAAAUGAUCAAAGGUUUAGAAAACCUGACCUGUGGGGAGAGGUUAAAAAAAGUGGGUCUAUUAAUCUUGAGAAAGGAAGACUGGUGAUAGUCUGCAGACAAGCUAAGGGCUGUUAUACAGAGACUGGGGAUCAGUUGUGCUCCAUGGCCACUGAAGGUAGGAGGAGAAGUAAAAGUGUUAAGCUGAGGGGAGGGAGAUUUAGGGUAGAGAUUAGGAAAACUUUCUAACCAUGAGGGUAUUUAAACUCUGGAAUAGCUUCCGGGGGAGCUUGUGGAACCACCAGCAUUGGAGGUGGGGGCAUUGUUUGUUUUUGUUUUUUAAGCCCUCUAGAGGUGUUAUUUCACCAUCCAUGAGCUCCACAGACUGCAGGUUCCUGAUGUGGUGUGUUCUCAGGGUGCCCAGGACUCUGAAUCACCUGUUUACCCCCUUACCUCAGCACAAGGGAGACAUGCUUCUGCUGAAGUGGGUAUCAGUUCUCUGUCACCCCCGGCCUUCUAGUGCCCCACACAAACUCCCCAGGGCUCUGCCAGUCAUUACUUUGCCUUGCAGGUUGACACUAGUCGCAACCUCGUCCUCCAGCUCCUCUGACAUGUCCUUAUGUAGUGUUCAGCCCCUCUCCACUGGACACUCAGAAAUUCCCAGUAUGUGCCCACAACGCUACGCAACAACUGGAGAAGUGUAUCGGCUGCCACUGGACAUGGUGCGAGGAACGCCAGGAGGUGGGAGUCCUUGUGCCACAGGUGAAGAACAUGGAGCACACCAUCAUCACUCCGAGAGCCAGAACCACGCUGGAGAGAACGCUGAAGGAUGCCAUCUGCUGCUAGUAUGUGGAAAACCUGAAGCGGAAGCCGGGCCAGGGCAAGGUGUUCGAGGUGACAUGCAAGUGGGAUGCCAGCAACCACUUCCUCCCAGGGACAGCCUCAUCCCAUUUGCUGACUGGAGGUUCAUUCACAGGGCCCAGCUCAACUGUGUCCCACUGAAUGGAGCCGUCUGCGACGGGAAUCGGGACAAGCGAUGUAGGAAGUACAGUUAUGCCAACAAGACACUACCCCACAUCCUGCAUAGCUGCAAGUCCCAUUCCAGAGCCUGGCAUCUGCGACACAACACCAUCCAAGAUUGCCUGGUCAGAGCCAUCCCACCACCUGUGGGGAAGGUUGCCAUAAACUCCGCCAUCCCCGGUACCGACAGCCAACUGUGACCGGACAUCAUCAUCUCCAACAAGGACCAGAAGAAGAUCAUCAUGGUGGAUGUCACAGAGUCCUUUGAGAACAGGACCCCGGCCUUCCAUGAUGCCCAAUCUUGAUUGCUGGAGAAAUACACCCUGCUGGCUGACAACUUGAGACCUAGGGGCUACCAGGUUCAAACUCAGACGCUAAUCAUCGGAGCCCGGGGUGCAUGGGACCCUGGUAACGAGCAAGUGCUGAGAGAAUGUGGAGUCGGUAAACGCUACGCUUGGCUGAUGUGGCAACUUAUAGUGUCGGAUGCCAUCAGGUGGUCGAGGGACAUCUACAUAGAACACAUCACAGGACAUCAGCAAUACCAGGAGGAAUGAGCUGGAGUGCCGAUGAGAAGCGCUGUGGAGAGAGUAACUCAAAUACUAAAUGGACAACCUAUCCGAAAUUUUCUAAAUGGACAACCUAUCCGAAAUUUCUCAAUUACUGAGGGACAAUCUUGACUCAUUGAUAUAUUGUGCUUUUCACAACCAACUCUCUGCAUAACUUUUCAUGAGUAAUGUACCCGAAUUUGUACUUGGAUGGUAAUAUCUAAACUGUAUUCUUAAAUUCAUUCACCUAAAUUUAGGUUAUUGCUGAUUAUGCACUAUAUGUAUCUUAUGGCUUUAAAAACAAACUUUGUAUUUGUGGAUAAUCUAAGCACUAUACCCAGAUGUACAGACCCUCUUUUCUUAACCUGUGUAUUAUGUACAUUUUUAGGGUUAGCUUUCAUACAUUUUUUAAAUCUGUUUUUAAAUGUGGGGGGGGGUCAUGAAAUGUUAUCCUUAUUGUAUGAGUCAAGGACAGCAGAACUGUACUUAGCUUGCCUAAAUGAGGGGGUCUCCCUCAGUGCUUAAUUUGAGCUAGGGCUUGCCACAGGUCUGGGGAUGGAGCAGCGGAGUGAACAGUGGUACGAUAAACAGUGGCCUGAGCAUUUGUUUGUUGGACUGUGUUUUAGUGACUUCAGUCCAGAAUGCUACAUUUGUGACAGGGAAACUUACAUAAAUAUACAUUUCCUAGUAGGCCAAGAU